AUGAAAAUUGGCCCUCGACAGGUUUUAAUCCAAGUUAGCUCGAAGGGGAAGCUAGAAGCGGUUUAUGAGGGUCCAGGUGCUGUCACCUGCCCCACACCCAGGCAAGAUCAAAAGGGAACUGGAGUGAAUAUGGAGGUAGAGUGGUUGUACCACAUGAGGCGAGACAUGCAAGAAAUUCUUCCUGGCCUCUUCCUUGGCCCUUACAAUGCUGCCACAAAAUCUCGGUUCAAGACUCUACUAGAUCAUGGAAUCACUCACAUUAUCUGCAUCAGGCAGAGCAUAGAAUCGCACAUGAUUCGGGCAAACUUUCCUGAUAAAAUAAAGUACCUGGUAUUAGAUAUGGCAGAUAUAUGGACACAGAACCUCAUCUCCCACCUCUCAGAGUGCCGAACCUUCAUUGAUGAGUGUCUGGCUUCAGGUGGAAAGUGUCUUGUCCACGGAAACUUAGGGAUUUCGCGAAGUGCAUCAGUUGUAGUUGCAUAUGUUAUGGAGAAGAAGGCCCUUAGUUAUAAGGAAGCUCUAGAAUUUGUGCAAAAUAGAAGAUACUGCAUAAAUCCAAAUGAUGGGUUUAAGCAGCAGCUAAUAGAAUAUGAAGCCAUUUACAAAGCUCAGCAGACCUUGCUCAAUGGCCAGUGUUCACAGGAGAAAGGGAAGCUCAAGAGAAAGCAUGACCAGACCUUUGAUGAUUUUGACCAGGAUUCCUCUGAGCCCAUGGAAGCUCUGAGCUGAUAACAGGGUAGUUUACUUUUUUUUUUCUCUGUUGUUUUAUUCAUUUUCAUUUUUCUUUUCCGAAAAGCUGAUCUUGUGAUAAAAUGGGAACUUUGUACU